AUGCAGGAGAAGUUUAUAUUGGAUGACACUUCUAUAAGUAAUCAUGAAAAGACCACAAAUGAAAUAAAAGAAUGUUGUAAAGAUAUAAAGGUCCUUGGUCGGAAGGAUUUAAGGAAAUUACUUGCAUGGUGGAAAAUUCUUCAUGAAGAAUUAGCAGUGCCUGCUAAAGUUGAAGAGGUUGAAGAAAAUUCCAUUAAGGAAAAUAACGAGAAAGAAAACCAGGAAGAUGAAUUUGAAGAAAUUGCAAAAGAAAUAACUGAAUUACAGGAGGAAGAGCGUAAAGAAUUGAAACGUAAACGAAAAAAGACAAUGAAAGAACGUAAAAAAUUAAACGAACGUUUGAAUUUGAAAAUGGUUCUUAAAGGAGACAGUGGACCACAAAUGGAAGACGACGAUAUGUUUAGAUUGAAGCAAAUUUCAGAUAAAACUGAAAUGAAAAAAGUGCUUGAUGAUGAUCCUGAUUUAGUUGCUGACAGUGAUGACGAUAAAAUAAAAUCUCCAAAAAGGAAAUUUGAGAGGUAUGAGAAAGGAGAAGGCCAUUUGGACAAUUCUGGAUUAUACUAUAAAGACUCAGAUUCUGAAUUGGAAAUGGAAACUGAUGAAGAAGAGGAAGUAGACGGUGUCAAAGAAGGUUUAGGUUUAGGUAGCGAUUCUGAUAGUGAUGAACUAGAGGGUGAAAUUGAUAACAAACCAAAACGAAAUAAAAAGGUCAAAGAACAUCCAUUAAUAACUGAUCUAGACUAUAGAGAUAAAGAAGAGAAACGCGUUCACAAAGCGAAUUUGUUCUUUGAAAGGGAUGCGUUUAAGGACCUUAUUGGAGAAAACGAAGAAGAUGCCGAUUUAGAUAGAUUAAUUAAAGUUUAUAAGGAAAAGGGAUCAGUCGUUUUAGGGGAGGACGAUGGCACCUCGAAUAAGGAAGUAAAAUCUAAGAAGAUAAAGGGAGAAAAACAGGCGCAAGAAAAUAAGAAAAUUAUUCAUGAUGAUGAUUCAGAUAGUGAAAGCAGCAGCGAUUCUGACAGCGAUUACGAAGUUUUAAAAGAAAUUUCAAAGAAGAACAAGAAAAAGGAAUCGGAAACAAGCGAGAAAGAUGGUUUUGAUAUAGUUAAAGAAAAAGGCAAAUUGGGCAAACGAAAACUUACAGAAGAAGAAUUGGCCUUGGGAACGAUGAUGAUAAAUAGUAGAAAAACUAAACGUGAUAUUGUAGACGCUGCAUGGAAUCGUUAUAGUUUUAAUGAUGUGGGUUUGCCUGAUUGGUUUGUUGAUGAUGAAUCGAAGCACAUGAGGAAAGAAACUCUGGUACCCAAGGAAUUAGUUGAUGAAUAUUCAUCUAAAUUGCAAGACUUAAAUGUGAGACCAAUCAAGAAAGUCAUUGAGGCUAAAGCAAGGAAGAAGAAGCGCGUGAUUAAAAAAUUGGAAAGGGCAAAGAAGAAAAUAGAAGCGAUAAUGGAAAAUGUAGAUGUUAGUGAUAAAGAGAAGGCGAAACAAAUUAAUCAAUUGUAUAAGAAAGCGAAGGCUGGACAGAAGAAGGAAGUAACUUAUGUAGUUUCCAAGAAAGCAACUGCUUCUAAAAGGCCCAGGAAACCGGCUGGAGUUAAGGGUCCUUAUAAAAUGGUUGAUCCUAGAAUGAAGAAAGACACUAGAGCACAGCAAAGAACUGUGAAGAAAGGCAAAAAUAAAAUAAAAAAGCCCAAAAAUCCGAAGAAAAAGAAAACAAAACAAUGAUAUAGCCAAUUUAUAUU